AUGGUUCAAGUACCUGAAUGUAUUAAUGGAGAAUGGAUAUAUCAAAAACCAGUAUGUAAACCCACAGAGUGCCCACAAGGUGUGAAUAUCAGUAACUCGGAUGCUGUAACAGAAUCGAGAAAUAUUGAUGAAGUUUUUCCUUUUAAAUGUUUUAAUUACAUAAAUGGUCUGACGGGAGCUCAGAGAUGUGGUGAAGAUGGUAAAUGGAUAGAAGAGCAAGCUUGUCCAGCAGUUGUAUACCAGGGUAAAUAUGUGGAGGUAUCUGAAUAUCUCACAGUUGUAUCAACCAAUUGUUCUGAAGCGUGUCUUAACGAUACCCAGUGUAGCGCUUCCUUGUCAAUAGCUGUUAUGUGUCCACAAGGUGUGAAUAUCAUUAACUCAGAUGCUGUAACAGAAUCCGGUAUUUUUGGUGAUAAUUUUACUUUUAACUGUCCUGAAAUUAAUCAGCUGACAGAAAAUAAUUAUACGGGUACUCUGUUGUGUGGUGAAGAUGGUAAAUGGAUAGUACAGCAAGCUUGUCCAGAUUUGGUCAAUGAUACAACAAUGUAUGUGAGAGCUCUGUGUCAGGCAUCCAUGAAGAAGAUGAACUACCAAGUUUUUAUUUGUUUCUCAAAGGAAAAUGAAGAGCAACAUUCCAUAGACUACGCUUAUUGUCAGUGUCCAAUUGGGGCAGCACAAGCUUGUAGCCAUAUCGGAGCUCUGUUGUUUGCUUUGAAAGAUCUAUGUCCACAAUCUGUAACAGGUGCAUCAUGUACAUCUACCCUUUGUACCUGGAAUGUUCCUCGAGGAGAAGCCAAACCCCUUCCAGUCAGUGCAUUCAACCGGGGAAAUGAAGACAGUAAUUUUGACCCAAGGCAUAGUUUGGACAGACAGAAUGAUAUGGAAAAGACCUUAACUGCACUACAAGGUCUAAAAGAGAUUUUCCCCAGAACAGGUAAAUGA